AUGGCCAUGGAGAAUGGUAGACACGGAGAGAUUUCCUCGAAACAAGGCGCCGAAGAAUACCAGCUAAGCACCUUGAGCAAGGUGAAGCGGACAUGUUUCUGGGUCUUAUCGGUUGGCCGCCUCUUCCUUUUCCUCACGUUACACAUUCAUUGUUCCGUACCAAGGUCAUCAGGUAUGCCCACGUCCAAUCAUCUACCGUCGCCCGAGGUACCGUUCGCUGUUGUCAUCUUUUUGCCCAGGCAAGGCCCCAAGGCGGCAAGGCCCCCCCUUCUGGGCGUGGUUGACUUUCCCAUCACCCCAUUCGCCCUCUUGGAAAAGGUACUUUGUCUUUUUCCACCUCACCCUCUCUCACCUCCACUGGGAGUCUGGGACUUCACACAUCCGAAUCUGACUCUGACAUGCCACUUCACCUCAAUUGCCCUUCGCUCUUCCUUCUUUUCCGCCUCUCCACCUUCACCUCCAACUCCCCGACAUCAUCACCUCUCGCCCGUACCCGCGGCCCCCGUGUCAACCGUGUCUUUCAACUUUGCAGUCCGUCCCUCGCUACCGAGUUCCCCCUUGUCCAUCGUCUUUCCAAGCUCGUCCUCCCGCUCGCCCUUCUUCUUCGUCGUCCUCGCACACACAUUCGUCCUCGGACCAAUGCCUGGUCUGUUCCAACCGGCCGAGCCAAUCAGCCCCAGCGUGCGAGCACAUCCGCCUGCCGUCGGUUGCCCGGCAUACUCCCCUACGGAGAGGCCCAAAGGAAAGCAUCUCGUCCCUCUUUUGUUGAUCAAGGUACAGUCCCGUCUUCUUGAGCCUUCGAUUCUUCUCCCCGAAGCAACGUCCACCCCUAACCUACGGCCUAUCCUGAUCCCUGCACAUGGCUUCUUGUUCCUAUCUCAGUUCCACUGUCCACUCUACCAGCUUGGUUCGGACCUGGGUCUGAUCGAGCUGAUCGGAUACCUUACUGCCCACAGAUACGCCUGGACCCUUCUGGCCUUGCCCUGCCUUACCUCACCUCACCUUGCCUCGCCUUGCUUUGCCUCGCUGCACUUGGAAGACUCACUGUAUCCAUACCAAGUAGCCCGCGUCAUCACCCUCUGCUCCCACUUCCUUGUCCCAGUCGCUGUUUCUGACCAUUUUGCUUUUUACCACGCCAACUUGGAACGAACCGUUUACUACCGUCCCACCUCUUUGCCUUAUCCGAGGGCAGGGUAUCCUGUCCUUGACCAGGCCCCAGCUCAAGCUCACCAAGCUCUAGAUUCAGCACACACCACCACCAUCAUGGCAACCAUCAUGACCCUCAUCAGCAUCAGCCUUCACAACACGACACCGGAGCACAGCGCAGUUUCUGGGAUAUGCUUUUCAGCACAAACCAACAGAUGCCGUCUCCUUCAACCCACCCUGCUUUCUGCCUUUUGA